UGUGUGGCAAAGAGUGACAUUGAGAAGAGAGUGUGCUGUGAGAUAAGGCAACUAAACUACUUGUAGAGAGGAAAAAAUGGCCUCAGCAUCUCUACUGAAGUCAUCCCCAACAGUUCUUGACAAAUCUGAAUUUGUAAAGGGGCAAAGCCUUCGUCAACCUUCCGUCUCAGUGGUCCAUUGCCACCCCACCAAUGCUACUUCUCUUACUGUCCGCGCUGCUUCUUCUUAUGCCGAUGAGCUUGUUAAAACCGCUAAAACUGUUGCAUCACCAGGACGUGGAAUUUUGGCUAUGGAUGAGUCCAAUGCCACUUGUGGAAAGCGUUUGGCUUCCAUCGGUUUGGAAAACACUGAGGCAAACCGCCAAGCUUACCGUACCUUGCUGGUGACAGCUCCAGGACUUGGAGAGUACAUCUCUGGAGCUAUUCUUUUCGAGGAGACCCUCUACCAGUCUACUGUUGAUGGCCGCAAAAUAGUUGAUGUUCUUGUUGAACAAAAAAUUGUUCCUGGUAUCAAAGUUGACAAGGGUUUGGUUCCCCUUGCUGGUUCAAAUGAUGAGUCAUGGUGUCAAGGUCUUGACGGCCUUGCCUCCCGCACUGCUGCAUACUACCAACAGGGAGCACGUUUCGCUAAAUGGCGUACCGUGGUGAGCAUUCCCAACGGACCAUCUGCAUUGGCUGUGAAAGAAGCAGCAUGGGGCUUAGCUCGCUAUGCUGCCAUUUCUCAGGACAGCGGUUUGGUCCCAAUUGUGGAGCCAGAGAUCUUGUUGGAUGGUGAACACGGAAUUGACAGGACUUUUGAGGUAGCACAGAAGAUCUGGGCUGAAGUCUUCUUCUACUUGGCUGAGAACAAUGUCAUGUUCGAGGGUAUCCUCUUGAAACCCAGCAUGGUCACUCCUGGUGCUGAAUGCAAAGACAGGGCCACUCCUCAGCAGGUCGCGGACUAUACUCUCCGUCUCCUCCAGAGGAGGAUUCCCCCUGCCGUCCCUGGAAUCAUGUUCUUGUCUGGUGGGCAAUCAGAAGUUGAGGCUACCUUGAACUUGAAUGCCAUGAACCAAGCUCCAAACCCGUGGCACGUGUCGUUCUCUUACGCGAGGGCUCUUCAGAACACUUGCUUGAAGACAUGGGGAGGACAACCUGAGAAUGUGAAGGCUGCUCAGGAUGCUUUACUUACCAGGGCCAAAGCCAACUCCCUUGCUCAGCUCGGAAAGUACACCGGUGAGGGUGAAUCAGAUGAAGCUAAACAAGGAAUGUUUGUAAAGGACUAUGUCUACUAAGUUAGUGUCAGUUGAAGUCUUAAAGAAGAGGAAAAAAGAUUAUGAGCUGAAUGGUUAUAGUAAAGCAGACAAAUGAUGAAUUUAUCUCAUACUAUGAUUUAUGCAAUUAGUAAAGCCAUAGAGAAGAGUAUUUUUGUUUUUU